AUGUAUGGCAAGAUGACAGGUUUCACUUUACAAUCAUCAAUCAUUCUCGGUUCAGAUUCUGAUAGUCAGUAUCUCGGAUUGAACUUGCAAGAAGCUGAUAAUCAUAUGACUCUGCCCUCCAAAUCAAUGCACAGGCAGCGGAUUUGGGUUCUGGGUUUAAAAUCUUUACCUCUCUUAAUUGCUUUUCAUGGUUCAACUGAAAAUCCCGAAAUCUUUCGUAGUAGAACUACUGAUUUUGCUUAUGAUCAAUUAGCUUCUCAAGAAGGUUUCAUUGUGGCUUAUCCUACUGGUUAUAAAGGAAAUUGGAAUGAUUCUCGUAGAGCCGUCAAUUAUCCAGCCAAAGUUGAGAAUAUUGAUGAUAUAGCAUUCACUAAAGCUAUCAUCGAUUUCGCUCAUAAGAAAUGGUCUACUUCUCUUACAAAAACUUUGAUUGCUGGUUAUUCAAAUGGAGGUCAUAUGUGUUAUCGACUUGCUUUGGAAUUAGGAUCAAGUUUAAUUUCAGGUGUAGCGAUUCAUUGCGCAAAUUUACCUACUCUUGAUAACUCGGAUUGUAUUCCUAUUCAAUCUGAUGCUAUUCCGAUUUGUAUUAUCAAUGGAACAGCAGAUCCAAUCAACCCAUGGAUCGGAGGUAUCGUUAGUUUAGGAAACCAAAAAGGAACAGUAGGAGGUAGAGGAUCACAUCAAAGUUCGAUUCAAAGUAUUGAUUAUUUUGCAAAUCGAUAUUUAGAAUUAGGAGAAGAAUUAGAAAUUGAAGAAAUUCAAAAAUCUGAAAUCAUGGAUUUAAGACAAUUUAGAUCAAUGUCAGAUAGGAAAUUAAAGGUUCAAUUGAUUGCUAUGAUUGGUGAAGGUCAUUAUGUACCUGUAGCUACUGGAGAGAAAAGAGCAUUGAUUAUCGGUCCUAGAAGAGGUGCUGUUCAUGCUCCUAGACUUGCUAUUGAAUUCUUUAAAGAGGCUACUGGCGUAUUUUAUAAAUCUCACUGUCAACGGCAACGAAAAGAUUCAGAUUUCUCAGAUGCAUCACUAUGA